CUGCUCCGGGGCCUCUGAUGCACCCCUUCCAGUGGUGUAACGGAUGCUUCUGUGGUCUGGGAUUGAUCUACACCAACAAAACGUGCACCAUGCCUCCCAUCACUUUCCAGGACUUGCCGCUGAACAUCUACAUGGUGAUUUUUGGCACAGGUGUCUUCAUCUUUGUGCUCAGCCUGAUUUUCUGCUGUUACUUCAUUAGCAAACUUCGGCAUCAAGCACAAAGUGAAAGAUUUGGAUACAAAGAGGUGGUUUUGAAAGGUGAUGCCAGAAAGCUAAACUUACAUGGGCAGACUUGUGCCGUCUGCCUGGAAGACUUUAAAGUGAAAGAUGAACUGGGAGUGUUGCCAUGCCAACAUGCCUUCCACAGAAAGUGCCUUGUGAAGUGGCUAGAAGUUCGAUGUGUUUGUCCCAUGUGCAAUAAACCUAUAGCGGGUCCCUCAGAGCCUCACCAGAACAUUGGGAUUCUCCUGGAUGAACUAGUGUGACCAUCUUCCUGCCCACAUUUCCCCACAAAGAGCCUUUACUGAUUAUUGCCUUGGGAUUGUGGGCUUCAACAGUCUGAGACGGUUUCCAAGUGGAUGUUCAUCUUAACCUUCUUAGAAGGCAGCAUGGACCAUUCCAAGUGCCAAGGUGGAAAGCAAGCUGGCCUUGUUCUCCAUCUACCAUCUGGGAGCCAUUUCUGGGGAAGACCGAUCAGAACUGCGGGGGAAUCUCUGUUUGGGAUGACUAACCAACUGAAGGACUCGAAGCAAGAAAGUCUGAACUUUCCCAGGAUGACUCUGGUGAACAAUUGAACUUCAGCGCCAAGCGUCCACAACUGGUUGUUGUGAUGCCAACUGUGAGAUCAAAGUCUUCCCUUUGUGUAGGGCUUGCUGGUCCGAAUCCACAGAUGGCGAUAUAGCCUCUCUGAUUUCUAAUGAGCCCUUUCUUUUUAUAGUAAGUCAGCUCCUGCCAUUUGGGCUGUCUCGAUUUCUGCUCCUUAGGGAUCCCUUCUGCAAUUUGAAAACAAGAGCUAUUGCUGGCUUCGGCUAGGCCCUUCUCUGCAAAAUCUACAGUGUUUACAUAAGACUUAAGCAGAAAGCCUCCCACGGGCUGCAGAAGGAGCACCAGUUCAGCUAUACACCACCGACCCAGCAGAGCUGAAAAAGAGCCCACUUCUUUUCUCCAAUAUUGUGGAGAAAGGGAGCCACUUUGUGGCAUUUGGGUCACCCUAGAGGUGGCCAGCUGACGAAGACAGGGGCAUGAAAAGGGAGAGAGAUCAACC